CUGUCUCUAAUAGCUUACAUGUCAUUUGUAACAGACCUACCUCGACAGACAUAGCCUACAUAAUGAGGAGGCAUUAUAGUCCGUCCCAAUAAGGCGGCCGCUUCGACGUAUCGCUCCAAUGAACAGCAGCGAGCAUAUAUUUACCCGCACAUAGGUUACUUUGCAGUUUGUUUUGCACCUCACUUGGUUUCUAUCAUCUUCCAGCGAGACAUCAACAGGAAUGGAGUCAACUGACGCUUUCGUGACAUUUCAGUUGGGCUGGCCCCAAAUGCAUCACUUGUUUGCUCUACUUUGUCUUGUUGCCGUCGUCAAAUUAACAAUGUUGCUCGCCGAAAGAAGGGAUGCGUUUCGAAAAAUUGAAGCUUUUCCAGGACCACCCGCACACUGGUUUUUCGGACACGUGAAGGAGUUUAAACAAGAUGGGACAGACUUGGAUAAGUUUGUGAAAUGGGGACAAAAAUACCCUUAUGCCUUCCCAGUGUGGUUUGGACCCUUUGUCUGUUUCACAAACAUUCACCAUCCGGAUUAUGUAAAAACGUUACUGACAUCAACAGAGCCAAAAGAUGAUUUGUCAUAUAAAUUUAUUGAGUCAUGGAUUGGCGAAGGCUUAUUAGUGUCAAAAGGUCAGAAGUGGUUUCGGCACAGAAGGCUCUUGACCCCAGGUUUCCAUUAUGAUGUUUUGAAACCAUAUGUUAAACUGGUGGCAGACUCUGCAAAAACUAUGCUGGACAAAUGGGAAAGUUAUGCAAAAACCAAUGAGUCCUUUGAAUUGUUUAAUCAUGUGAGCCUUAUGACACUAGACAGCAUCUUGAAGUGUGCCUUCAGCGACAGCAGCAACUGUCAGAGGGAGAGUGGAACAAAUACAUACAUCAAAGCAGUGUAUGAGCUCAGUGAUCUGAUUAACCUGCGGUUCAGGACGUUUCCAUACCACAAUGACCUCAUAUUCUACCUCAGCCCACAUGGCUUUAGAUACAGAAAAGCACGCAAAGUGGCUCGCAGUCAUACAGAGGAAGUCAUAAGAAAGAGGAAAGAAGCACUCAAGGAGGAGAAGGAGCUGGACCGGGUACAGGCCAAGAGGAACUUGGACUUUCUGGACAUCCUUCUCUUAGCAAGAGAUGACAAGCAGCAGGGUCUGUCGGAUGAAGAUAUACGAGCAGAAGUGGACACCUUCAUGUUUGAGGGCCAUGACACCACCGCCAGUGGCAUUUCUUUUAUCCUCUACUCUCUGGCCUGCCACCCAGAACACCAGAAGAUUUGCAGGGAGGAGAUCAUUCAAGCCCUGGAUGGGAAGGACACCAUGGAUUGGGAGGAUCUCAGUAAAAUUCCAUACACAACAAUGUGCAUAAAAGAAUCCCUCCGCCUUUACCCUCCUGUACCAGGAAUGUCAAGAAAGAUCACCAAACCCAUCACUUUUUUUGAUGGAAGGACUUUGCCAACAGGAAGUCAUGUUGGAACAAGUGUGUAUGGGAUUCACAGGAAUGCAACUGUCUGGGAGAACCCUAAUGUCUUUGACCCACUGCGUUUCCUACCAGAGAAUGUUUCCACGAGGUCCCCUCAUGCGUUUGUGCCCUUCUCUGCUGGGCCAAGAAACUGCAUUGGUCAGACCUUCGCCAUGAAUGAGCUGAAAGUGGCAACCGCCCUGACACUGAAGAGAUACCAGCUGAUAGAGGACCCAACUCAGAAACCUAAAAUAAUUCCUAGACUGGUGCUUCGCUCACUCAAUGGCAUCCACAUCAAGAUCCAACCUGUAGACCCCCAGGAGUAAAGGGAAAUAACUGUAUACAAUGCUUUUAACCUGGAAAAUAGAUAACAUAUUGAAGAGCUGAAGUAUUUUCAUUCUAAUAUUUAACUUAACGUUUACACUGACAUGCAUUCCCGAACAGAUAAUCAUGAAUUUAUGACACUAUCUGUGCACUAUUAUUUAGUGGUUGAACAUGAUUUAAGGGGGAAUUGCUGAAAAAGAAGUUGCAUUUGUAUUUUGGAAUAAUUUUCUCACACAUACAAUUGU